AUGAUCCAAUCGCGGCUGCUGGACCCCUGCAGCAUCAGCUUUGUCGCCGUGGCUCCCAACUCGGAGACCCCCGACAAGCCCCUCGGCUACGCGCAAUUCACCCGGGUAGGAAACGACGAGGUGGUGCAGCGCAUGCUGGCCAACAGGGAUACGUUCUGGUUGAAGCUCAGCCGGUGGUGGUUUUCGUGGCAGAGGGCGAUCGCGAACGACCUCUGGCCAGACCGAUCCAUCGACAGCGAAGCCCUCGACAGGUACACCAAGUCGAACGAGAAAGACAACUACAAAUACUGGGAGUCCCCUGAAAUGAAGAAGAAAUACGAGAACCGGUGGAUUGCACAGAGCGUGGCCGUGGCCUCCGCGUACCAGCGCAAAGGCAUUGGCCGGAAACUUAUGGCAGAGGUGCUUAUCAGGGCCCAGGAAGAGCAAGUUGUGGUCGGAUUAGACGCAAACGAAGAGGGCGAGAAGCUCUUCCAGUCUCUUGGGUUUGUAUUGCGCGGGCGCUUCUCCAUGAAGAUCGGCCCACGGGCUGGAGGGAUUAUGAAGUGGACACCUGCAAAGACCCCAAGGCAGGUGUGA